UAACAAAACAAAACACUUUUUGUUACAGUGUAUAACAGAAUGUAAAAUCAGACACUUUUUGCGCAGAAUGUAUUAUUAUUUUUCAUUUUGCAACAAAAUGCCAAGCCAGCGGUUUCUCCUGGUGGCCUCUUUGCUUUGCUGCCUCUUGGCUGUCAGCUCCAAUCCCCUCAACGACAUAUCGGAUUCGGAUGAAUCAACGUCCCUGGAACAAAAACAGAAGCCCAGCAACCCCCUGGCCUCCGAUGAAGAUAGAGAAUACGAGCUACUCUAUCACUUUGGGGAGGACGGCUCCAUGUCCGACUUUGGCAUUGAGAAACGUCUGCAGGAUCACAACUGGGAUGUUCUAAUCUUCACUCAGCAGUGGCCGGUGACCACCUGCUACCAUUGGCGCGAGGAGAACCCGGACCAGGAGUGCACACUUCCCCAAAAGAAGGAAUUCUGGACCAUUCACGGCAUCUGGCCCACAAAACUCCAUCAGAUUGGUCCGUCUUUCUGCAACAACUCGGCUAGCUUCGAUGUGGAUAAGCUGGAUCCCAUCUCGGACCGCCUGGAGACCUUCUGGCCGGAUCUGAAGGGGGAGUCGUCGCAGGAGUGGUUGUGGAAGCACGAGUGGCAAAAGCAUGGAACGUGUGCCAUGCUCAUCACCCAGCUAGACGAUGAACUGAAGUACUUUGCCCAAGGACUCACCUGGCGGGAGGACUACAUCAUGUCGCGCAUCCUGGACGCCUCGGAUAUACAUCCCGAUUCGAACAACACAGUGUCGGUUAUCAACAAUGCGAUAGUCAAGGCUCUGGGCAAGAAUCCAUCCAUCCACUGUCUGUAUGACGGCAAGCACGGGAUCAGCUAUCUGUCUGAGAUCCGCAUCUGCUUUAACAAAUCCCUGGAGCUGAUCGAUUGCGAUGGCGUAAAGCAGGGUGAUGCUGUGACCAUUGGCUAUCCCGGUGGCACCAUCACCACCAACUGCCAUAUCGACACACUGGUCCAUUAUCCGAGCCUGCUGCCGCCGCUGCAACGGAAGAGGGAUUGGAAGUUCCCGCUAGUGAAUGUCUACAAGCUGCUGCAGUUCCUGAUGUGGUUCACCUUGUAGUAGGAGCAAGAUCGCGUAUCUAAACUGUAAAGCCUAUGUUGUGAGGGAAGCCUUAGGAGGACUCAACGUUAACUCCACUUAUAUUUGGUUCUUCCACGGGGAUUAACAAUCAUAUACAUAUAUACUUAAUUUUUGUGCUCUCAUAUUUAGCUGCAAAUUUAGUGAAUGUUCCGCAAAAUAUUUGAUUAUUUGAAGCCAUCUUAUUAUUUAUUCACUUAGAGAUAAAAGAGAGAUCUCUGUUGUGGACGCUCUUCCAAGAAUUUCUAACAUAACCCACACACUUGUUGCUACUAUUUACUCCAUACUAGUUUUUUAAGUUGACAUUUGUUUGAUUAAAACGGUUUUUAUUCCAAAUUCCAGGCUUAUUUCGUCUUAGAUUAGAUUAUUUUCAGGCUGUCCUUUUCGUUUUGACUAGAACUUAAGAUCACAUUUGUUCAAUUAAAACACACAUCGACAUGAUA